AUGCAUAUUUAUAUAAUAAUCAUGAAUGAAAAAUUAGGAAUAAAAGAAAUAAUAUACCUACCAGUUGAUUUGCCGUUAAAAAAAUUGAAUGGAAACGGUAUAAAUAUAAAGAAACUUGGCGUUUAAGAUCACUCACAUUUCUAUAAAAGUAUUCAAGGAAGAGAAUAUUCAUUAUUCCGAUUUCUGUUCAUGAUGAAACUACAUCUCUUAAUAAUCUUCUCUUCACUUAUCAUUAGUAUUUCUGCUAUGAUUUUUACUAAAACAAGAGAGUCUAGUGUACCGAGAAUGGGUAAGAAGUCGGUACCUAUUAAACCUCUUGCAGAAAGUAGAGAAAAUCUAAAGAAUAACCCAUUUAUUAAUGGCUUUCUCCCUGUUAAAGACAUUCAAACAGAUGACGACUCAAUGUUCUCAACUUCAGAACUAAAAGAAAAGUCUCGAAAGUACAAUGUGAUUAAGAACAUUAAAUAUGUCUAUACAAUGUUAAAGAAAUAUGCAACUGUUCAAUGAAAGUAUUAUUGUUUUUCGUUAAAAAGGAAAGCAAUAGAGAAAUAACAAAUGAUUAUAUCAUUUCAUUUUACUUUUCUUUUUAAAGUGGUCAUUUUGUAGGUUUAUCUUCAAUAUAUAGAGUAAUAACAUGUUCCAAAACAGCCUUAUCCCUCUAAAAAAUUUUUCAUUUUUAGUAAAAAUGUAGUUGAAUAUGUUGUUUAUAUUAACCAAUUAUGAGCUUUGCG